CCCACCGACCGGCAGGGGGAGCGCGCGCCAGGCGAAGGGGCUACACUUUCAUGGAGGGGGCGGAGGCGGAGGAGCGGGAGUGGGCCGCGGUGGCCCGGGACCUGCUGGCGCUGGGGUAUGAGGGUUUUCCGGGGGCGGCGUCGCUGGGCAACUCGUGCCCAGACUUCAGGGCUCUGUGCGCGCGGCUGGCGGCGGAGCUGGCGACUCUGGGUGCCCUGGAGCGGCAGCGAGAGGAGGGCACGGAGGCGCUGAGCGCCGGCGACGGUCCUGUUCCCGAGGAAGAAUUCCUGCGACAGUUGGCCGGCCUGUUGCGGGAGUUGCACUGCCCUGACCGCGAGCUCUGCGGCGGGGACUGCGCCGCCUCGCUGCGGGAGUCCGGCGCGCGCCUGCGCCUGCUGCGCUUUCUCUGCUCAGAGGUCCAGGCUGCUCGCCUCCUCCGCCUGCAAUCCCGUCUGGAUCCCAGCCCUGAGCAGUCCGGUGUGGAGGGGGCAGAGGAGGGAUCUGGCCUGGUCCAGGAAAUGGUCCUUACUCUCCAAGCCCUGGGGCUGCCUAGACCCAUGCCGGGGACCCCAGCCAGCCGGCUGCUUCGAGACUUGCAUGCCAAGAUCGCGGAGCUGCUGCCUUCCCUGCCCGCAGGGUCCCUGCAGCCCCUCCUCAGCUACCCGCUGGAUGCACCCAGAUGGAAAGCAUUGGAGUCUCUGUCCCAAAGCCUGCGAGAUCAGUACUGCUGCCGCCGCUGCCUCCUCCUCAAGCGCCUGGACCUCACAACAUCUGCUUUCCACUGGAGUGAUCGGGCAGAGGCCCAAGGAGAGGCCAUGAAGGCAGUGCUGAUCCCAAUUCGAGAGUCUCUGACCCCAGAAUCGGAUGUCUCCAUUGCACACGUCCUGGCUGCUCGAGCUGACCUGUCACGCCUUGUCCCAGCCACCAGCAAGACUGCCCGCCGAGGGACCUGCUGUGCUAUCCACAAGGUGCUUAUGGGCAGCGUUCCAGACCGGGGGGGCCGCCCAAAUGAGCUGGAGGCUCCCAUGCCCAGCUGGCAGAGCAGAAGAGAGGACAGAGGCGGGCAGAAGGCAGGCCGCCAGUGCUGGGGCCGCAAGAAGAAGAAGUAAAGGGGGACUGGUGGUUGGGGGAGGGGUCCUUCAUGAGAUGCUGACGUUGAUAAUCUCUGAGGAGUCACUGUGAGGGUUUCUCUUGGCACCUGGCACCCCAGCCCCAUAUCCCCUGUUCCUGAGGUCCCAAAUGUCCUCCCCCCCCCAUCUACCAUUAAACACCAAGGACCAUGUUCUCUGGAAAAUAAAUUUAAUUAAUUUA